GCAACCGGGGCUGUAAAGCGAAGAACAUCCCAACCCGGACACAGGAUUGUUAUUAUCAAACGUUAGGGAUAUUUGUUUACAAUGGGAGUUGAUUAGGGACGUGCGUGCCGUAGAAGAACUAAACCAGUAGCCUGCGUUAUGUUUUUUCUUUGAAAAUUCCGCGUAUCUUUUAUUUUCCUCAAAUUAAAUGAAACCCAUCUAACAUCAAUGUAGCGCGCCGCGUUACAUCGCUGCUUGGUUUGAGCUCUUUGAUCACCGGGUAUUCUUUUUCAUUUUCACUUCCUAAUAGUUGUACUCCUUCACGGGAGUCAUUUUACUCAUUUUCGCUGGAGUGGUCUGAGGAAUCUUCAAAUUUGUCGGGGUUAGGAGGAGACUCGAGGGUUUUUUUCCAGCCGGGAGUGGGGAAUAAUAUGUCCAGACGGAAACAGACAAACCCCUUCAAAGUUAAUUGUAGGUAUCUCAGGGCUGUUCCACACCCCAGGGCUAGCGGACUCUGAGCACACUUUGGAGAUGGACGUGAGAGACGACUUCGCUGAAGACAGCGAGUGCCACAGCAUCAACUCCCAGGAAGCCGAAGAGCAAGACAGCAUGACAGAUGAGAGUUACAGCGAUCUGGACAACCACGGCGAGGACUCGUCCUCCAACACCUCCGCCGACGACAUCAUGACCGGCCACAAGCACCGCCGCCACUGUUCCCAGGAGGGAGGGGUCAAGGAGGAGUGUAAGGAAGGAGGUGACUUCGAGGGCAACUACAUGUGUCCCCUCUGCACGCUGGAGUUCCGCCACUCGGAGCAGCUCAUCGCUCACGUCUACCAGCAUACGUCGUCAGUGGGUGGCAGCAAGAGCUUUGUGUGCCCAGUGUGCGGGCGGGCUCUGAGCUCGCCCGGAUCCUUGGGCCGCCAUCUCCUCAUCCACUCCGAGGACAGGCUGUCCAACUGCGCCGUGUGCGGCACACGCUUCACCGACACCACCAACUUCAACAGGGAGAAGCUCAAAGACUUCUUUAACUCCAGCGGCAUGGACCUGUCCGGUAGCGGCAGCGGUUGCAUGGACGGCGGCUGCUCCAUGACUCCUCGGCCUCAGCACCACCCUCAACACCACCCUCACCCGUCUGGCGGCCCCUCUCCCCAGCCCCCGCCUGGGCCCUCGCUGCCCUCGCUCCCCGACAGCCUGCUGUCCUCCUCCACGCCGCCGUCGCUCCCUCCGCUCCCCGACCCGCUCAGCCCCUCGGGCGGCGCCGGCCUGCCCCCCCUGCCGGACCUCCUGAGCCCCAUGCCCGUGUACCCGGCGGGCGUGCUGCUGGUGUGCAACAGCUGCGCCGCCUACCAGCAGCUGGCGGAGGCCCACUCCCCGGCCAUGCGGCACUGGGCGUCCCGCCGGCGCAACGAGCCCGUGGCGGCGCGCAUGCACCGGCUGGAGCGCGAGCGCACGGCCAAGAAGAGCAAGCGGGCGUGCGAGUCGCCCGAGGAGCGCGAGCUCCGCCGCCUCCGCGACCGCGAGGCCAAGCGGCUGCAGCGGCUGCAGGAGUCGGAGGAGCAGCGGGCGCGGCGGCUGCAGCGCGACCGCGAGGCCAUGCGGCUCAAGCGCGCCAACGAGACGCCGGAGAAGCGGCAGGCGCGGCUGGUGCGCGAGCGCGAGGCCAAGCGGCUCAAGCGGCGGCUGGAGAAGAUCGAGCCCGGGCUGCGCGUGCAGAUCGAGCACGACCCCGCCGCCAUGGCCGCCCUCACCGCCGACAUGAGCCUCUUCCAGUUCCCGUACCCGCUGCAGGGCGGCGGCGGUGGUGGCGGUGGCGUUACACCCCCCUCCUCCGCGCCCUCCUCGCUGGACAACGGGCUCUUCAUGCGGCUGGGCGAACCCGUGCCCCAGCUGCCGCUGGCGCUGCGCCCCCUGGGCUCCGACUGCAAGAUGGGCAUCGGCGAGUCGGCGCAGAACCAGUGAUCCUCGCCACAAGCACGCACGCACCCACUGAGCCGUGCAGAAACCGGGAAAUCCGUUCCCGCGUGGCCCCCCCUGGGCAUUCUCCAGUCCGCAACAGAACCAGAACUCACAGAACGAGCAAAAACACUUCUAUCUCAAAAAAAAAAAAAACACAGAUUUCCUUUUACGAGGGAAGAGACUGGGAACACACACAAAAAAAACACACACACACACAAAAAAAAAACAGGGUUACGAAUGUUUUUAUUUCCCAACAUGUAUGCCUGUUGAGCAUGAUCUUAACGUUACAAGAGAUUCGGUCUGUUUCGCCCAGCAGGGCGGUCAGAUUUUACAGCCAGCCCACCUCUGGAUGGACCGGCGGCACACUUCCGCAGAGAAGGAGGAGCUGCGCAUUUGCACAUGGACCUGCAGUUCCAGUGGUGGGCCCCCAGCCCACCGUCACGGUUUACCAGUAGCCAGUAAUCCCUCCUGCCACCAGCAGGGGGCUCUCAGCCAGGCUAGCUCAUAUCCACAGAACCAACUACCUCGUUUUUUGGGCCCAUCAGCACUCCACCUGACCUUUGGACUCCCAGCUGGGCUUCAGGGGCCCGACUGGGCCACACACACACACACACACACGCACACACACACACACACACACACACACACACUUGAUGUUCUUGAUGCUAACUACAGACACUCUCUCUUACAUACCGGUACACCCUUACACACACACACACACACUCAAGUGGUAUUUUCUUUCUUAUUCCUUUCUCUCUCUUUGUCUCUCUCUUUGAAAUUGUAUGUCCAUCCCUGCCUUGUUCCCCAAGAGGUUAUUCACUAGUGUUUUCUUGUGGGUCCUGCCCACGCUGUGAAAGGCCUCAUAAAAGGGCCUUUUCAUAUACUACAGGCAGAUACCAGAAUGAAGGCAGACUGGAUGUGAACAGCCCUACUAGAUAUGAAGGUCACCAGUUUGUAGCACAGGCAGUUCACUUCUCUCUCUCUCUCUCUUUCUUUCUUUCUCUCUUCAUAUCUUUCAAUAUCUGUCUCACUCUAACAGAUACACUGCAGUAAAAGAUAUCCUUCCAAAGCCUCUCUGUACACUACUGAACUAUACACACGGGUCUAGAUAGCACUCAGGAGCUUCGAGGGGGGACAGUCUCUCCAUCACCACGUUGAGCAAGAGGCUCCUCUCACACACACACACCUCUCACACUGGUCACAUGCUCACCUGACGUACACUGCCACUUUUCUGUUCUCAACUGCUCCAUUUUUACCGGUCACAUUGACCUCUGGACCUGUGACAGUCUGUCUUUCUGUGUGUGUGCGCGUACAUGUGUACUUUUAUUUUGCACAUUGCAACUGCAUUGCAACCCUCAUUCCUUCCCCUGCCGACUGUCCCAGCUAAGUCCGGUUCCUCAGGGCUUAGAAGGCUGCAGCAGCUGGACCUCCCUCGGUUCUCCUCGGGCCCGUGUAGGUCAGCUCAGCUCAGCUCAGCUCCGAUCCUGGAGAACCCUCAGAACCUCAGAACCCACUCUCUCUCUUUCUCUCUCUCCGUCUCGCUGCUGUUACCGUUACUGUAUAAUGUGUAUGAUACCUCUGAAGCAGUCCCGGGCCCAUGUGCCCCAGCUGUUGCUAACUCCCGAGGUGCCGUCAGUGCAUUCGUUUCACCCAAUGUGUCAGCGCUGCCUUCGUCACUGGAUUAAGAUAAUGAGAUUUAAGUUAUGACUUCAUAUUUUUAUUGUCUCUUUUUUUUCCACAACAAAUACCUACCUUGAUACCUUGUUUUGUGUGUACAGUAAUGUUAUUAUUAUUCUAAAGAUGCUAGAAAUGGUGUUUGCAAUUAUGCAAGGAAACGUUGAGGGUAUUUGUGAUAUAUUUAUUACCUACGAGCAGGACCACCACUACAAAGCUUCCGACUUAUGAUGCAAUGUGGUACAAAAGCCAAUCAGGCACUCGACAUCCCUGGAAGAGCUGUGGUCCAACAGACUGAAGGGAACAUUUAGCUACAGUUCUCUUUGGAGUUCUUUUAGAGAAUAGAAAAGUUCUCUUUUAGAGUUCUUUUGGAGUAUAACUCUGUUGGCGUGCAGACAGGGAUAGUUGCAAACUCUUGUGCCAUCCUUGACCACUUCACCUCAGAACCCUCACACUACUCUCUGGAAACACAGGGCCAGUACUCAGAAUUUCAUUCCACAAUUGUCUUUAAGGUUCUCGUUUAACAUUAGAAGAUAUUGACUAGCCAGGAUUAUUUUUAAAGAAUACUAUUGAGAUCUAUUUAAAAAAAACAAUAUGCUUUUGUGACUUUUUUUUCUCUGACUGAAUAUGUAUGGUUAACAACGUUCACUUCCUGAUGACGGGAUUUGUUCUCGCUCCCUGUUUUGAGCAUCACGGACUACAGCAGUGACAAGUUUGAAAUGUGAGCGUCGUGGCUCCCCCAGGCCCAAGGGUGGCUGAAACCGCUAUGCAACAUUGGGUUUGUAUUACCGACACACAUUUGACACUUUCUACGAUGACUAUGCAGACUGCUUCAAAAAAUGGACUCCACUGAAUCACACAACUCAGGCAAUCCAAACUCAACUCAAGUCAACUCGACGAUCCGUUCUCUGGCCCCAGCGUCAGCACACUGAACUGCAGACACAGCAGGGGAGCUCCUCUGUCCAACCGCUCCCCUCAGUCAUUGACCUAAACAGUCACAGGACCUAGGGUUGCUAUCUUGACUGAAAACUACCUGUCGUUAAAAAAAUACUUUUCUCUAUCUUUUAUUCUUAGUCUUUUUGACUAAGGAUUCUGUGAUUUCACAGUGUACUGACAAACAUCCUCCAGGCCAUAAGCUCUACUAAAGGACAACAAACUAGUGUGAUUUACAGCAAGCCUCCUAUUUCUUCAAGUCUUACAUGUUUGAGAUGCCAAUCAUUUCCAAAAGAAAAAGCAGUAUGGUUUGUCACACAAUGCUAAUGAUUAUUUGUAAUACCUAGGGGGUUGUUUGCCACAUGAAUCAAAAGAGUUAUGGAAAUGUAAUUAUCUCCCAUGUACAGAAUGAAGCAAGCACAUUACGUUGUAUCGUCAGGGAAGGGAUCGGUUUGGCAGUGCUUGCUAAAGUUUAACUUUGUUUCUCCCUCGGCUCGGAGAGGGCCGAGACCCGGUCUGGGCUCACCGCUGCAUGUGAUGACCUGCAUUCGUCUUGAAUUGUUGAGUAUGAGCUUGUGUUCCGCAAUUUACUUUUUUGCCUGCCCGAGUUCCUCCCAUCCUUCCCCUCUUCCCCGACUGUCUUUGUUUAACCAGUAGAUUAGGGGACCCUUGAGAUUUUUUUUUUUUUUAAUGCCUUGAAAGGUUUUUUUUUUUUUAAGUCUGUCAAUCAGGAUUCUUUCUUGAUGUUCAUGUUUACAGAUUAUCUACGAUAAAGGCCAAAAUGAAUGAGGGCGUGCGGAGGUGGAUAGAGGAAAGAUGCAAUGAUUGCGUUGUGUCAUUUUUCUUAAUGGUCUCUGUUACUGGCUUAACAGAUGUACAGAUUCACAAUGAACCCUGCAAAUAGAAUGUGGAGUAAAACAUUGACUUUACAGCUCA